AUUAUACAACACCACGUAUAUAUAUUGUGUUCGUUUACCGCACUGUUCUUUUCACAGAAAGCGUGCACCAGAGUCGUAGUAGAUCUAAAUACUGUGAUAUCUAAUAAAUUUCGGGAUCAAUCUUAGAAAUGGACUCUAUAACAUACAACAGUUAUACCAUGGAAGAUACGAAGCCAAUAUUUACAACCGCCAGUGAUACUAAGUCCACUGCUACAACAGAAAGCUUUGCUCCUGCGGACAACAGAGGCUUACCGACGGGAUCAGAAAGUAUGUUCUCCCCACUGGCACCGAGUUUCCAGACUCGCGGUGGCAAUGAGCUGCUGAACCUGCUUGCUCAGCAAGAGCCGAGACAAGCUGACACCGCCCCAACUACGGCCGACAUGGAUGAUGUUUUGAUGAACUUCCGCAUGAAUGGAUCGGACCUCCUUUUUGAUGACAUUGACCACACCCCUCAAAACUAUUUCAUGGGUAAUGCCAGACCAGAGUCUGUUGCACCAUCUAAUCCAUCAUCUAACGUUUGGAAUGACAACAACUCCAUGGCAUCGGGACGAAAUGGAGAAAUGCUUGAUACGUUUGAUUUUCUCAUCAAAAGUUUGUCGUCCGCAAAUAAUUACGUGUCGAUGCUGACGCGCGAGCAGUUAUCAGUGCUGCGUUCUAUCCGGCCCAGUCUACUGUACGAGUUCCUACAGGAGGUGGCGAAGGUGCGCAGCGACAAGCGCAUGCGCCGCGCUCUUCCUAAUGAAUGUGCGUUCUGCAAAAACAACGGCGAGAACGAGGAGUGCUACUCUUCGCACGCGCUGAAGGAUUGGCGCGGACGCGUGCUUUGCCCCGUGCUGCGCGCCUUCCGCUGCCCGCGCUGCGGCGCCACCGGCGACCGCGCACACACCAUCAAGUACUGCCCCGAGAACGUCGACGCAGGGUCUGAGAGGUCCAGCUCGCUAGCAGCGAGGCGGCGGGCGGCGGGCCCGGCAUCGCUGGUAUUGGGCGCGCGCCCCGGGGCCCCGGCCGCCCCCUCCCCCUCGCCUGCCUCUACGCCGCUCGCGCACUCCGCACUCUGGUCCACCUUUGGCAUCAACUAACCCAGACCUACUGACCACCAUCGCCAUACAUACACACGUAUAAAUAUAGAAUGGAAUGAGCGUCCCCUAUACAACUGGACAAUAAAUCAAGUGUGAAAUCGAUGCACAGCCCAUAGUUAGUAAAGGUAUCGACGUUUUUUCCGUAAUUAGAAAGUUGUCAAUUUUAUGAGUGUCGCUCAGUCUAUUCUCUUAUGUGUAUGCAAACACGAUAACACGGGCCCUACUCUUAAUCGGGCCAAUUUUUCAAUCUCCGGAUAAAACUUAUUCGUCUGAUAAUGUAUAUUGCUAGGGUCUCAUAUGACUUUUCGUAUUUGCUAUUAGUAAAUUUGACAGCAGUAAGUAUAUCUAUCCUUGUCAUGUUCUACCUAUAAGAAGUGAAAUGGAAAGACUGCUACCAUAAUUUAAAUAGCCAUGUGAAGUGCCAACAUUAUGUGGAGUAAACGGAAGAUGUUAUUUUUUUAUCCGAGAAUAGAUAUUGGCAUUCAAAGUUAACUAUCGAUAUAAUCGUGAUCAUGACAGUCGUCUAUCCUGCUCUAACUUACAUACACUCGACUGCAAAUAAACUGGGCCACUUGCUACCACGGAACUCUGAUUUGAUUUUCUCAAAAAGCAUAAAACUUACAACUAUCAAAAUUAUAACUACAGAAAGUGCGUUUCGUGGUAAUUAAAAUGAGCUUAUUGAGAUUAAUCAAUUAAUUAAAUUUAUAUUUAAAAAAAAGCCAAGGAAGAAUCGUUUUCCAAUUGUGGUAAGUUACGAACCAAGCAAAAUACUCACGUCUGAGAAAACUAUGGAGAAAAACUAAGGAAAUGAUAACAAGUAU